GCUUUCAAAGAUGCACAUCAUCCUCAUAGUGUGUCUGUUCUGCGCCUGCGCGGCGUUACCGACGCAUAGAGCUAAGCACGAACCAGAGGUCAUUUACGACCUCAGGGACCUCUACCCUGAAGAUGUCAAAGAACCAGUGCCAACACUCCCAACGGUACCACCGAGGAAACGUCUUCUAGUAAGGAUGUAUCCAGAGGAAAAGGCAUAUAAUCCGUUCGGGAAUGCUGUGGAAUACGAGUUCGAUCUGCUGAGAAGUGAUGACAGUGAAGCAUUAGUGAGGAUCUAGAGUUGACUUUAUACAAGUUUUUGUGUGUUGAAGACUGAAGAUUUAGGGCGUGCACUUAAUUUAUUCAAAAAUGCACUGCGUAUACCCUAAAGACUCCAUUUGUUGUACGUAUUAGUGCAUCGCCUAAUUAAAAACCCUGUGAACGCCGCUGAAGACACUGGGCUGUUUUUCAUAGUUCCUUGACCUGAUUUCAGGUUAAACCCGUUGUCUAACAUUUGGCAUCGAAAAGAUAACAGUGUAGUAAUAAGGAAAAACGUUGCUAAGUUAAAUCAAUGACCGAAACACUAUCAACAUAAUAUUUAGGUACUUAUCUAUCUAUUUUAAGCCGACAGUUUGGCGGUUAAGAGGCUGGCUAAAAUCAGAAAGUUCCUAAAUUCAAUCUCGAAACAAACAAAAAAUGUUUGCAAACCAUUUUAUUUGGUUAGGGCUCAAUUUCAUUGAGCUGUAGGUAUUGAUUAACUGUAAUUUAUCUUUUAAUAUUAAUAAAUGAAAUACUUUAAAAUUUAUAAUUUUUACUUAAAUACAGUAACUACUGGAAGAAUUUUAAUGCGGUUUUGACUUAGUGGUAGCAUGUAAGUAUUUAUUGCUUACAGAUUCAGUAAUGAUUGGCGGUUAUUCCAAAAAAAAUCCUCGAAUAUACAAGUGACUCGAGAAUUUAGCUAUACCCGGAUUUAAAUCCUCAAUAGCCUUACGGUUAAAUGGUCAGACUCAAUUUAAAGAUUUUCACUACGUGGUGUGUUAAUAUAGCUAUUAUAGUUUUAAUCCGUGAUUUUUUUAUAUAACGAAGUGUAAAGUAAAUGGUAAUACCACAUUGAUGAAUGGUCCGAUGCGUGUGUAAUAGAGUCGAUAACGUAAGCAUGUUUGCUUACGUUACGUAAAGCCCGCACGGCAUUAGCUCAUACCGCACGCCAUUGUUUUUAGAAACGCGUGUGACCUUAAUAUCAGUAUUUUGUAGCCUACUUUACGAAUAUGUGUGCGACAUCUAUUUUUAAAACGAUACUACUGUAUUAUUUUUAUUUAAAAAAUAAUAUUUUUUAAUUAUUUAUACUUAGGUACUUAGUAUUUUUUUUUAAACAUUUUAAAGGAAAUUAUGAUUAUAAAUAAAAUAAAAGUUUUUAAGAUUUAAAUAUUUAAAUAGAGAAAACGGACUGAUUAUGUAAAACGCAUUAUUUAACUUUAGUAUCAUUAGUUAAUAAUAAAAUACUAAUAAUAAAUUAUAUUAUGUAAAAUAAAUGUUUUGAAACCCUUCACCGAAUGGAAUGAAAUAUCACUCCAAACCAUCCUAUAAAACGACCCGACAAGAAAGCUGGAAUAUCGAGACGCGCUGAGCGCGUCACAAGCCAAAUUCCAAAGUAAGACAACAAGUAUUUAGGUACUACUUACUUGUUUAAAUAUUUUUUGUGCAACUACGUACCUACCCUCCUAAGACUUAGCUAACCCUUUCCUAAGUACAAGGCCUAACAUCCCAGACACCGAUUUAAAGGAGAGAAAAGCUAGUUUCGUGCUUAGCUUAAGCACAGAAAACAUAUGUAUAAGCUUACUUAUAAUUCUUACUUAUAGAGGCAUAAAUAAAAUCUGUAUUCUUAAAAAUAUAAUAAGGUCGAACUCGGUAAUCUGAGAUAUAAAUUAUGUUUAAUUGCAACACUGGAAUAAAGAUAUUUGAGCUGGCAAGAAUCAAAUAUUAAUUGCGUUCCGGUUGACCUUUAUGAAUUACCAUUUUGAUUACAUUUUUAUGGAGACGUUUUGUAAUUAGUAGUUUAGAUUGAAAUUUUAUUUAAAAAUUUGAAUCUAAACACAACAUUACAUGAUAUAUUUGUAAAAGUAACUCUUUGCUUUGAAAUUAUUUUAAUUAUUUUCAUUUGCUUUAUUUAAUCAGGUUAACUUUCUGAUUGAUUCGGAUCGCAACUCAUUGUUAUCACGUCACGUCAGACGGAUGUCAAUGUCAAUUGUCAAACUACAAUCGCAAAUGUCGUAUCGCCCAAGGUUGUUCGCGAUCGGGCGGAGAGCGGACGUAAAUUCGUAUUUGACGCUCAAUGGAACAGAGAGACGAUGUUGUUGUGGUAGUGCUAGUGCGUGAGCGGUGAGUGAACAUGGCCUACGACAUCGGCUGGAUCAUCCCGCGGCUGCGGAACCCGGGAGUACUGUGGAGCUGUGCGAGCUCCAUCACUGUGGCAGUUGUUGGUUUGUUCAGCAAGCUCCUAGUAGACUUCCUGAACAAGACGACGGUGUACAACCGCGAGGCGCUGCAGCGCGCCGUGCGGCGACCGCGCGACGUGCCGCUGCUCACCGUCUCCAACCACCACUCGUGCUUCGACGACCCCGGCCUCUGGGGUGUGCUGGACACGGGGACGCUGGUGCGCCGUUCGCGCAUGCGCUGGUCGCUGGCGGCGCAUGACAUCUGCUUCACCAACGCGCUGCACUCGGCCUUCUUCGCGCUGGGCAAGUGCGUGCCCGUGGUACGCGGCGCGGGCGUGUACCAGCCCGCCAUGGACUUCUGCGUGGAGCGCCUGCGCGCGGGCGACUGGGUGCACAUCUUCCCCGAGGGCCGCGUCAACGCUGAAAAGGAGCGCAUCCGCUUCAAGUGGGGCGUGGGCCGCCUUGUAGCCGACAGCGCGGCAGCCGGACCCGCGCCGCUCGUCCUGCCGGUGUGGCACGAGGGCAUGGACUGCGUGCUGCCCAACGUGGAGCCCUACCGCCUGCGUGCCGCGCAGCGCGUGCACCUCGCCGUGGGCGAGCCCAUCCGCCUGCACAACCUGCUCGACGAGCUAAAGUCCGCCAACGCGUCCGAGGAGGAGACGCGGAGAGUGAUCACGGAGCGCAUCCAGGACGAGCUCAUGAAGUUACGCGACCACACGCACGCACUCAUGCGGCGCAACGGUACGCGCGCGUGCGUCGCGCCGUGCGGUCCGACGUGCGGCGCGCCGUGCGACCCACCGCUGACCAACGGCACGAGCCACCGGGAGAAGGAGUCGUAGGCGACUGUUGGAGCUUCGAUACUGGAGGACUUGCUCUGAACUAGUGGGGAUAGGAUAUUGUGGCGGACUUAGCGAUUACGGAACUUGAUAGAAAAAAUGAGAAUUGUAGAUAAGCCUAGGAUGCUAUAUAUGUAUAAUUAUAGGGUACCACCUGGCUUGAAGGGACUCCUAGUCUACAAGGCCGCGAGCUCAGAAAUCUAACAUUUAAAAAAAAUAUGCGUCAUGCAAUAAUAUUAUCGACGCAUGAUAGUCGUAUUGGAUGGCCCUUGCAAAAUUUACAUUAUUGGCUGUCUUAAAUUUAGGUAUAAUAUUUAUUAAUUAAUUCUAAACUAAGAUUCAGUUUGUAAAUGUGCAAGGAGCCCAAUUGAAUGUGGAGACUUUGGUAUUUUAACUAACGUUUUAUAUAUCAGUGGUCUGCCUUAUGCUUACACUACUCAAAAGAUCCGUGCACGCCACUGUGAGAACGGCUGUUUAAGAAUAUAUAACAAUUGGCAAAACCUUGCUUAUUAUAAAAAAAGUCAAAUAUAAAGUGAUCAAUUUGGUAGCGUAUAUAGUCACAGUUAUUCACAACUUAGGAAUACACUAUGAAAUCUCACAGCACAGCCGAAUAAAGUGUAGAUAAUCUAAAAAAAUAUAUUCGCAUACACUUUCAGGUCGACAUGAGAAUGUAAGUAAAGGUGAAAUUAAAUACCAAUGUCUUUACCAAUUAAAAAAUUGGAUAGUGUGAAAAUGUCCUCUCAAAAUUUUAUCUAAGUAUUUUUUGCUUAUCGUGAAGUUUACUUAAAAAUAAGGAUUUGUCUAUUUCAUUUAAAUCUGUAACUAAUUAUUGGCACAAAUUAUAUAAUGUUAUUGGAAUGUCACAACAUAUGUUUAUAUUGUAUGUAUAUUUGUGACCCCACUCGUUCAGACCAGUUCCAAGUUCUUAGCUCUGAUUCCUCCAAAAGACUGAGCCGUUCGCAAGCAAACUGUUGUUUAUAGACAACUGUGAAGUGACAGUGUAGUGACAUUGAUAAAGAUAUUUCCCUAAGUGUGACAGCUUAUUCCACCCAGUUUAAACCUCUACAGAUGGGCCAACUAACUAUAGAGCCUGAAGUUAUGUUAAGGCGUAUACAGAUGGGCCAACUGCCAACCUAAGUUGGAGGUUGUAAUUGGUAUGUCUGUAUAAAUAUAUCACCAGCAUCAGCUGGGCUAUUCGCUAACUUGAGCUUUUAUAAAAAUUAAAGAGUUUUGAACUUUUUCUACGUCUUAUAUUUAUUAUCCAUUGUAGUUAUGGUAUGAUGUAUUAUUUUUGUAUACCACAGUUAAGCGGCAUUGAAGAAUAUAUUAAUGAUAAGUUAGGUUAAUUCUUUGACUGUAAAAGUUAAGGAUAGCCCAGAUGAUGUUAAGUCGGAAGUGAGUAGGAAUCAGUUCCUCUUAAGAUAAGGAGUUUUUAUGUAAUCGAUGUUGUUUAAGUAAGCAAUUAUAUUGUAACCUCUUUGCUGUUGUCUACCAAAAAAAUGUCUGUGUGUAAAUAUGGAUACACUAAGCAUCUACAACUAGUUGGUAGCAUGUUGGUUGCUUAGUGUGUUUCCUCCUUAAUGCUUGUCCAGGGUGCCACUGAUAGGUGUCUAUAUUACCAAUUUUAAUUGCAAAUAUACUUUUAAAUCGCUGAUUUGCGUAAACAAAUCUCCAAAGUUUUUGGAAAUAAAACUUAUUUUAUCACAGGAAUCUUAAAUAUCCUUACUCGUAUCUUAUGUUUACCUAUGUAGAUUUUAAAUAUGAUAUUUUUGUGAUAAAGUUAGUUUUACGUUCACCUUAUUUUUUUUUAAAUUUCUUUUGUGUGUAACUCUCAAGUAAUCCUUGACACUAUGAAUUAUGACAAGUAAAUUUUUCCAUUAAAAAGGCCAUAAAAUGGUGCUUUAAUUUUCUAUAAUUAAUACUAAAGUUAUUAUUUCCUUGCAAUAACUUUGAGAAGUAGCACCCUUGCGAUAACCAAGCGCAAAAUUAGCCACAAACUAGAUAGUCAUACAUUUAGAGCUCGCUCACACUACAGACUUUUUAUCAUACUACAGUUUGGUCGGACAAUCAGUUUUUAUUUAGUGAAGAUAUUCAAAUUUUCACGUAUUCAUAUACAAAUUGCCCAAAUACUAAGAAAGUAUUUUUGGAUAUUUCAAUUUUAUCAAGAAAUAUCUAUGAAAACUUUCCUUAUUUCCUGAGGCUAACUACUAGCUUCUAUGUCACAAAAUGCAACUGUAUUUCGUACAAUUACUUUUAUAUAUUUAAAAAAAAUUAAAAGUAAUCGAAACGUGAGGACAACACUACUCUUUGAUAAGCUGGUCACAUUAUUUUCACGUUUGACAUUUCUACCUGUCAUAUUAGUCUCUGCAAAGAAUAAAUGGACUUUAAUACUAUAUCAGCUUGAAAAAUCAAAUCCAGCCAAAGUAUUCGCCAAUAAAAAGUCUGGAAUGUACUCAUAGCUCUUAACAAUCGAUGUUUAUACCUAAGUAUGUGUCAUAUAAAAGUGCAGUGCACAGGUCAUAUCAAGUCAAUAUUUUGUAUGUACUCCAUAGACGGAUAACUUUUAUACAUGUCUUUACAUUGUUGUAGUGUACUUUAAAGCGUAUCGCGCACAAUCGAGGCACGUCUGCGGUAAAAGCUUGGGUGUUGUUUUUGCAUUAACCCUUUAAUAUAUACACAUAAUAUGUAUAUAUAUUUCUAUCAUAUAUUAUAUGAUAGAAAGUCGUAUAUAUGUACAUAUUACAAGGCGAAAUAUAUACAUAUAUACGAACAAACGAAAGUUACAAGGCGCAAAAGCAGCGGUAAAUACUAUUAUUGGCAUACUACUAGCUUUGGUGUGGCGUUGAAAUAUUCGAAAAUUAAUUAAUGCCCAUAUCCGCAACUAGCUGACGCCGCGCGGUUUCACACGCGUGGUUCCCGUAGGAAUACGGGGAUAAUAUAUAGCCUUUAUCCUUUCUCAGUAAAUUGGCUAUUUAACACUGAAAGAAUUUUUCAAAUCAGACCAGUAGUUCCUGAGAUUAGCGCGUUCGAGCAAACGAACCAACUCUGAUAUAAGUAUAGAUAUGGUAAAGUUGCCUAUAAGAAAGUAAUAACGUCAUGUUGUACGUACGACUUAAGGCAAAAUUACGCUAUAUAUUGUCAAUAAUCUUAGCAAUAUUAUUGGGCAAUCUAACAUAUCAUUCAUGAGAGGCGAUGUGAGCAUAUGUGAUCAUCAGUUUUCGACUUUAUUUCAACACCAACAAAGUUAAUAUUAGUUUGACAGUGUCCUAUAUUAUAUUUGUUGAAGAAAAAGCUGUUUAUGCAAAAACAUACACUCGAGGCGCAAGAGAUAAUUUUGAUUUAUGAAAAGAAUAAACGAGACAAAUUUUUAACAAAUUUUAUAACUAUUUCUAUAAAGUAAAAUAUAUCAUAGUUGUUAUAAGGUGCGUAUAGUAACUGUCAUUCCCGUGGUAAGACAUUUUGUUUCGUCGUUGUCGUGUCGCGGAGCUGUGUCGCUCCCGACAUUGAGGCUAAGAUGCACAAGGAGACUUUCUCGAAUGCGAACGACAGUUUCUUAAAUAAUAAAAGACUUUAUCGCCAUCAUCGCCAGAGUUCGUCUGAUUGUCGCCUACGACAAAGGCCUCCAGAAUUUGCCCCCCCCGCCACCUUUUCGGCCUUCCUGUUCUACUUUGCAUAUGACUUGUACCAUACCAUUAAAUGACCAUAUUGCUCCAUUUUUCUUUGCCACCACCUUUAUAGUGUAAACAUAAAGUUUCUAUAAAGUUUCGUCUGUUCAAAGUACCUAUCUCGAAUCAGAGGACCGGCCAUCUUUAAUUUCUCCGCGAUCACCAUGUAUUUCAACAUCUCUUGACUGAUACAAAUUAUUGUCAUAAUCUAAUUAAAUGCAAGCGAGAAUCGAGACAGAUGUCUCAUAAAAUUUGAAAUUUUUGUUGGACCCAUUCGAGAAACUCCUUACAUCUUAGCCCUUAGCUUAUAAGGAGCGUAACCUAAGAUUAUCGUUUAUGUGUAUUGUGCCACUGUGAUUUUACUGUAACAGUUUAACUUGAUUGCACACGUAGCAUCUGAUGAGACCGUGUUCCAGUGCCUUGGUUCAUCUAAAGGUGCUGAUAGACUUGAGCAUUCACUUGUACCAGAACAACGACCAUUUGCCGUUCUUAAAUUUGUCGAACUGAAAAACGAGCCGAGCCAAGCAUAGAGCCAAAUAUUGCUACGAACGUCUUGAGAAUUCUAGCGAACGCUCUAUUCGAUCGUCAAAUAUAUUUUUCUCUGCACAAAGCUCCAAACAAAUCUGCUCCAAACAUUCGCACGAAUGCUCAUUACAAAUGAAUGUUCAAGUCUAUCGGCACCUUAAAGUAGACGUCGGUAUCACAUCUUCUGAAUGGCUACUUGCUAAAUGAGAUUUCUGUGACUGAAAUUUUUUAUAUUGAUAUGCCAAAGUUAUAAGGAUGACUAAUAAUUGAUUGAUUGAACAUUAAUCAAUUAUUAUUGAUUGGUUUUUGAACAUAAAUUCAGUAAGAAAUUAUUAACAAUACUCAAUAGGACGCUAUUUGUGCAAUCACGUUAAAAACUCUCGCUUCUUCUAAAGCGUGUGAUGUUGAAGUGUUUUAUGGAUAGUGAGCUCUUUGCAUACUCGGCAGCUUGCUCUUGUCCGCCUCUAGUUGGCGACAAUUAGGUAAUUUUGCCACAACUAGCGGCACCGUGCGACACUUAUUGAUAACCACGUGUAAACAUCCUAAAUAACUUUCUGUGGGGAUCAAAACAUAACUAUUAAACCUUAGUGUGUCCAUUGGUAUACUUUAAGCAGCAGCACGGUGCCGCAAAUUAAACGUUGGCUUUUUCAUUGUUUUCAAUGUUUUGGAUAUUCCUUUAGCAGUCGUUUUCUAUAACUUGCUUAUCUGUAAUCUUCAUACCUUGCUAAUGUUUAUCGACAUUCUUACGUUAAUAUUUUUGUUAUAAAUUAAUUUAUUUAUGGACAUAACUUAGACAUGUUGCCAUAACGAAAUCGUCGUAAAAUUAAAGGCUUUUAAUGUCAGAUACAUUCAAAGUUGUAAUCAAAGUGUUUGAAUACAAAAAAGAAACUUACAAACGUACAAAAAAGGGCUCAAACUAGUAUUAAUGUACAAAAUACUAGCAGAACCUCGCGGUUUCACUUGCUUAGUUUCCGUUCCCGUAGGAAUAAAGGGAUAAACCAUUGCAUUUAGCACCCAGUGAUUGUGUACCUACCUACUAAACAGUGAAAGAAUUUUUCAAAUCGGUUUAGUAGUUUCAUUCAUAGAGUAUUCAAUGCAAACAAACAAUCAAAUCUUUCCUCUAUAGAAUAAGUAUAGACGACAAACACGAAUGGAAAUUAGCUAUUCACAUGUUUCUCAAUAUUCUGAUUCUGAAAUGUGUUAUUUAUUAUUUGGCUAAUUAUGAUGAAUUACAGAAUAAGUACAGCUAAUGAGAACGACUGUAAUUCGUUUGAUGCUGGCACUAAAUAGCUUCAAACAUUUGAACUCUGAUUGAAACUAUGUCUGACAAGGACUUUGAAUCUUUGUUCAAAUAAAUGCUCAAAGAAAUGCACUCAGACAACCGAUGUCAGUGUUUUUAGCGUUUAAAGUCAAAUAACGAAACAUAGGGUUGCAAAAGACUCAUUUGAUACCCUUGCAGAUUGCUUCAUUAAUGACUCAAAGUCCGUCGUUUAAAUGUUCAAAUGUUUAAAGCUUUACGUAGCGCCGGCAUAACUGAAUGAUUCUAAGAUGGUGUCGGAUAUGGGUAUUACAAAGUUUAAAUCAUUUGUACGAUAGAUCUUGAAGUUCAUUAUUCUGAAACUAGUUCUUGGGCGUAGCUUAUUCUACAUACUUUUCAUUGUAGACGAACAAUGAGGGCUAUGUUAGUGCAUAUCUGGGAACUCAGACCAAUUAUUGUAUAGGACCUGUCUCGCUAGACGUUAAUUUUCUGUCAAAGUACAUGAUCAACGAUCUAAUGCGAUUAUAAAAACUGUCUCUAUAGAAUCGAUAUUUCAUAGUUGUAAUCGUGUUUGUCGGUUAAAGAGCUCCGUAAAAAUACCUUUUAGUGUAAAAUGAUGUAAAAAACGGGCAAAAACUUCUAGCUUAGUAAAAGAUAUAUACCAAAUCUAAGCUCGUUUUCCUCAGAAAAUGUAAGGCAAUUUUGUUCGCGACUAUGAGUGCGAUACAGGUCCUUCUAUAAUUGAUCUGAGUCUGGGAAAGAGAAAAUGGAAAUUAAAACGACUACGAAUAUAUACGAAUUCUCUUGUCGCGCAAGUUUUGCGCAUUGAUUUGCCAGAUGUGAGGCGGCCUUUAAAAGUCCUCAACUAAUUCAUACGAUGACGCUAUAAAAUUAUUAGUACUAUGAACUUGAAUUACUAUAUCAAAGCGUUACAAUGAUUUAAACUUUGCUGAAUUCAAACUAUUUUUAUUUGUAUAUUAUGUAAUCGCUAAGCGUGGUGUCUGUGAAUUGAGAGAAUUGAUUCUUAUCAGUGUAUUAAUAGUCAAAUAUGUGUCUGUAUGCGUGUGUGUUGUGCGUGUGUGUAUGUGUACAGUGUGUAGUGUUCCUGAACGGUGUUGUGUGCGUAGAUCGGUGAAACUAUGUAUUUUUCGUAUUUUUUUCUUCUAUACAGUUUUAUAGAUGUCGAUUUUCUACUAACCCGUUUUUAAUUGUACAUAUUUUAAAAACAAACUGCUGACUGUUGACAACUGAAACUUUUGAUGAAUGUAUUAGGUAAAUGGUGAAAUUUUAUUUAUAAUGUAACUUACUGAUGUAUAGCCAUUACAAUGCCAAGCCAUGAGACUUGAUUCCAUGUGAAGUGAUGUCUGAGGCCAGAGUCUGACUUAUUCUUUGACAUACCAUCUUAAAUUGACCCAAGCUGAGAAUAAACUCAUGUCUUUUUUUCGUUUUUCGAUUUUUGUCAAUCGAGACAUCCACAAUUGAAAACCAUAGCGCUAGAGAAGUCAAACUAAGCAAAGGGCACAUUAUCUUAAGACUUAAGACUGCGGUCGUUAAUAUUGCCACAAACAGAAACCUGCAUACUCGUAUUUAUCCUUACGUGUAGGUACUACUUCAAAGUAUGUGGACAAGGUGAGUACAAAAUGCCAAAACCUCCUCCUUUUUGGAAGUCGGUUAUAAUACGAAUUUAUUAAAAUGAGCAAAAAAUAUAAAUGCACUAGCGAGACAAAUAUAAAGAUAAUUUUCGCUAUUUUUUGUGUGAUUUUAGAUAGGUAACAUUUACAUACUUAACUUACGACUUUUUCCACGUGAAAUUCAGUUUUUUACAAAUCCCGCGGGAACCAUUGGGGUGAAAAGUAGCGUUAAUGUUAAUCUAGGCUAUUAUCUCUCUUCGUUUUAAAUUUCAGCCAAAUUGGUGUUAAAGAGUAACAAACAUCCAUACAAACUUUCGCGUUUAUAAUAUUAUAUUAUAAACGCAUUAUUACAAAGUAGAUUGUCAGACUCUACCCCCAAAUGUCGCAGCCAUUUUUUUUCACUACCCUCGUCUUCCGCACAGCGUUAUAUUGAAAGGGUUUUAGGUUAAUGCCAUUUUAUCUUUCUAACAACGAUAAGCCUUAUAAAAUGUAUGAAAAAUGUAUGGAUGCACAUCUUGGGCAAGGCUAUUUAUUUACUUUAAUUACUUACUAACUUAAUAAGUUUAAUUUAAUAUUAAAAUGUUAGAUAGACUUGUAAGAUGUUGAAUGUUGAGAAAAUAGAAUUUUUGUUAUUUAUUAUUUAGAUUUUUAUUUAAUCUCUUUUUUUUCAAUAAUAUUUCCAAUACAAAAGCUGAGGCAUUUUUUAAAAGUUUAAACGAUUGAAACGGAUGUUUUUGCUAAGUUAUUUGCUGACUUGAUAACUUGUGGCUAAAGUUAACUGAUCCUAGUUGACAGGAGUAGAUAGCUACUUUUUACAUUGCAUCUAUAAUCAGUGAUACAAAAAAUAAUUCGUACCAAUUUCUAAAACCAAUUAAGUUUGCAAAUAACUCAGCUGUGAUUCAUCUUGUGCAUUUAUUGAUCUGUCAGUCGGAAACGACUGCCGCCAUCUAGUGGCAAAUAUCAGUAUUAAUUUCUGGGUAGAAUUUAACUACAUAUUUAGAUUAUACUUAUUUCUGUUUACAUGUACCUACUAUGAACAAUAAUUGACCUUCUGUAGAGUUUGGCUAAUAAAAGUAGAGACUGAAAUCACCCGCCAAAUUAUUAUUUUUGUUUGUGAAUACCUACAUUACUACCUAUACUAAAGGUAUUAAGCUCAGUUAUUCCAAUAUUUGCACUAUAGUUUUGAGAAUAUACUCCGAUUUUUUUUUAAUUUACCUGAAUUUUAAAUUUCAGUCUCUACUUUCAUUAGCCAAGCUCUAUCAACCUUGCCUGAAAAUUGAGAUGUGCAUCUUAUACAUUAUUAGUUCACUGUCGGAUUGAUAAUGUGGAAAGGUAAUACCCAGCCUAGUCCGCCUUUAAGUGAUGUAUUGUUUUCCUGUAAAAAACUAUGGGAUAUCUCUUAUGGAGUGUUCACGUCUGACUAAAGUCACACGUAAUUUUAUGUCAGAUGCGAACACUCAUGGUUUUGUUUGACAUUCCUCCGCUUUCCUGUCAUAUUUUAGAAAACUACCAAGUUGUUAGACUCGUUUCUUGCAUUAGUGCUCCUGCGACCGACAGUUGCCGUAUGACGUUCAUAGUACGUACUAUUAUCGUGAAUCGCGGCAAACUUUCAAGAGUGAAAUGAACUGUCACCCGCACCUUGCUACAGCGCACGAGCUAUAGGUAGCUACUAUUACAAGAACCCACAGACAAAUUGUAUUGUAAAUCGUAAAAUUUUUCUUGAGCUAAAUAAUACUGAUCAUAUCAGAAUCGAGAAUCUCUUUUGAUUACGCACAAUUAAUGAGUGAACAACUUUAAUUAAUUAUUAAAGAAGGCAAUAUAGUCGUUCGAUAUUCAAUUUACAUAUUAUAACAUACACAUACAUGUCUGUGGGAGCUCUAAUAGUAUAAUCUAUGUUUGUGUGAGUUCUAAUGGUAAUUGCACAAUGCACAUGGUGGUUUUCUCUUCAGAUGACAGGUCACUGCAAUGCUAUUCUUUAUCGAUGUUUUUAUAAUUUGUGAAUCGAAUUCCUCUUAGCUCUCUGUUUAACAUGAUAUUAUAUAAAUAGAGAGAGAUGGAGACGAAAUCAAAACUCACUGUAGUUUUACAAAAAUCGUUACGGAACAGCGCUACUAAAGUUAUUUUCGGUGCAAAGUGACUUUAAUCGUUGUUAUUUAUGUUACUAACAUGGGCUUUUGAGACUUUGUGUAUAUUUUUUGAAAGUAAAUCGAUGGAUUUGAAAUAUUA